AUGAAAAGACUGCGAUCUGACGACGGAGAUGAAGAUGACGAUGACGAUGAUGGCCAUGCUGCAUCAGUACAACACAGAGAAAAAGUCCGCCGAAGCAGUUCCCUAAACAACAGGAACAACGCUCGUCCGUGCGAUCGAUGCAUGAGGAUGGACUUGAACUGUCCUGGAGAAAGGCCUUGCUUUCUCUGCCUAAUGAGCGGUAGUACUUGUACAGAAUCUUGCACGAAUCUGCCUUACAUUGCAGCUGCGACGCCGCCUUUUGUGAACAGUACCAUUGAAUCGCCUCCAGCACCGCGAGCACGACGGAGGUUCUUCACUCCACCUGGGAAUGAAGAUCUCUAUGGUGCAUCGCCAGUACCACCAGCACAGGGGAUGAACUUUGAUGAUCCAUUCGGGAAUGAGGAUACUUACCAGGGAUUGCCGCCACAUUCUACACCAGCUCAGCCAGAAGAUGAGAUGCUCUUCCCUCAAGCAGAAAGUGGCGACGAAGAUCUCUAUUCCGUUUCACCACCACGCCGCCAAUCCCAAGCAGAAUCAGCACCACAACACGAUCCCUGGGCCGCCAUUGAAGACGACGUAUUGAACCUCAGCUUCCCAUCUCCAGGAACCAACGCAGGCGAAGCCGAAUACCUCGCACAAAUCAACAAAGCUUUACCCAUGGAUAUGGAUAUUUUCGAUCCUGAAGUCGACCCCAACGUCGCCAUUGCCAUGAACAUGAAUACCCACCCACCGUACACGGUGAAUCAAAGAACUGCGUCGUAUGAGGAGCAAAUGGAUAGGAGAUUGCGGGAGUUGACUGUUGCGUCGCAGAGUUGGGCGACUGUUGAGCCCGAGAUGCCUGCUGAGGAUGGGAAUAGUAAUACAGUACAACAGCACGGGCAGCAAGGAUCGCGAGAAUUGUCGGCCGAUUGGUUUGGGAGGGUGGAUCAGCAGGGAGAUACUGAUUCAGAGAUGGUGAGUUCUGAUCCGUUAGAUCAGGAGGAUGACUUUAGUUUUGAAGAGUAUCUGAAUGACCUCACGACGCCAGAUUUGGGACGAGAUUCGCUUUCAAAUCCAGGUCCGGCUACAAACUCGGAGACAAGUCCGAAUCUAAAUGUAGACCCGGAGUUCCAGGAGGCUUUGAAUCGAGAGGCGCAGAGGAGGAGGCCGGAAGCGUAUCAGGAAUAUCGUCGGAAUAGCCCACGUCAACCACAACCUUCUGCUGAAGCGACAGAGUCUUCGGUAUUCCAGUUUCAAGCAGGAUCAUCGAGACCAGGUUCAAGUCGAGCAGAGAGUUCUUUCUCACCAGGUCAAGCUCCACCACCAGCUCCAGUUCCCGGUCGUCGAACCCUCCAGGCACGAUCCAACUCGCAACCACCCACCAGCUUCACACCCUUCCAGCCCCGCCGUCCUCAACCACCAUCCACACAGCGCCCAGCACAACCCAUCUCCUCAAUCGCCACCUGGUCCUGGGACGGCAGCCGCGCCAUCGACGGGCCCGACAUCUGGCCCUUCAAAAACCUAACCGCCAAGCGCCUCACCCCGGGUGAUUACACCGAAGCCAUCUUCGCCAACAUGCAAAACACAGGGAACUGCGACGAGAUGCCCCGGUACCAAGCCAUCCCCGACCUCGAACCCUUCUCAAUCCACAUCUCUAGCCGGAUCCUCUGCGGCGAAACCCCCGUGAAAGAUUGUGGGGUUGCAGAGCACGCGCAGGGAGAGCAUACGGUGCUGCCGUUCCUGACUUGUUUGAAGUGCCAUGUUGCGAGGAGGGACCGCGUGCCGCGACUGCAGGAGAAUCUGGAGAGGAGGAAGGUGUUUUUGUGUGGGGGGUGUGUGGAAGUUGUGAGGGGGGAGGAGGAGGCGGGGAGGGUGGAGGUUAGAAAAGAGUGUUUGUGUAGGGAGUCGAUUGAUAAUACGUGGUUGUGUCAUAUGCAUGGUCGGGAGGUGGAGGAGGAGUUUGCCUCUGCAGUGCUGAAUGCGGAGGCGGCGUUGAUGAGGCUAGGGGUUAGAGGGAGGUGUAUUGCUUGUGCUGCUGAGCCUGAGGAUGAUGAAUCCGGGGUUUGGUCAUGUAUGAUUUGUAGGGAUUGGGUUUGGAGUAAUCCGGGUAAUGCGGGAGGUCCUAGGCGGUAG